AUGGUCCGGAAAGUCGAAUCCAUGUCUGCAUCAGUCACCGCCUCCACUUCCCUCCCUGACAACCCUCGCCCGAGUCGCGGGCUGCGUCGAUUCAGCCUUCUACGAAGUCACACUCAGAAUUUGUCAUCUUCAUUACCGAGUGGGCAUUCGUACAGGCAUAGUCUCAGUAGUCGAAUCCCUUGGCGCUUCUCGAACUCGGGCUCUAUCUCUCCGACCCAUCAGAACCCCACACCUCCAUGCCCCGAAAGUGACCAACCAACACUUUCUCGUUACACAUCUGCACCCGCCCCAGGUUACGGUUUUGGCGCCGAACUCAACAGUCAGAUAUCAUCCACCGAGUCUGCUGCCUCUACACCUUCGCACGACGUUACCCAGACACCUCAUGCUAUGGCGCGGUUGAGGAGCUCAUCGGCCGCCCAGCGUCCACCGCCUCGCAUGGUAGAGCGGACCACAACCCUCGACUCCCAGGCGUCCACACCGUCCCCCGAACCCGGUAGCGCUCAAAACAAUGUGAAUGAUCCCACCAGCGCUCCUGCUGAGGAGUCGGAGGCCACGUCAAGGUCGGAAAUCAAGGCGACCAUUCGAUUUUUCCCUUACCAGGACUCUCAGCAGAGUUCGAGGCCCUCAUUACCUUUCGUCCCUAUUACCCGUACUCUGCCAUCCGAGAGCUGUGUUAUUCGCGUUGGCCGAUACUCGGAGCGGGAUGGUAUUCCCCUGCCCAACCCGACCGAACCCUCGGAUGCUCCUGUGGGGUUCAAAUCAAAGGUCGUCAGUCGGAAACAUUGCGAGUUUUUGUAUGUGCAGGGUCAGUGGCACAUCAAGGAUGUUGGCAGCUCUUCUGGGACUUUUUUGAAUCACAUGCGGCUGAGUCAACCGAACAUGGUAUCCCGCCUGUACACCAUCAAGGAUGGUGAUAUUGUGCAGCUGGGUAUCGACUUCCGAGGUGGCGAAGAAAUGAUAUUCCGAUGUGUUCGGAUUCGAAUUGAAUGUAACCGAUCAUGGCAGCAGCAGCCUAAUGAGUUUAACAAAAACACCGAGAGUCUGAUCAAAAACCUCGGCAAGGGGGAAACAGCUGAUUAUUCGGGUUGCCGCGAAUGCUCCAUCUGCCUUGGCUCCGUUCUUCGACCCUACCAAUGUCUAUUCAUGGCAGCCUGCGCGCACGUCUGGCAUUACAAAUGCAUCAGUCGUCUGCUCCACUCGCCUGAUUACCCGAUGUUCCAAUGCCCCAACUGCCGUGCCUUUACCGAUCUCAGCGCCGAAGUGGAUGACUCGAAUGACUUGGAGGAGAAACGAGUGAAGGAAACGGAAGGUCAAGCCGCCAACGACUCCGGAGAGCAGGCCGAACCGGAGGAAAUUUCGGUCUCGGAAACGAACCGCACGGGAGAAACUCAGGAUCAGCUCGAAGAGCUUGCUGAAGACAACCUGGUCAACGACGUCCAGAACCUACAUUUACAAGAUGAACCACAGACCGAUGACACUCGAAGCACUGCCUCGCCCGCUCCUUCCAGCACCGAUGACCUCGCUCGCAGUGCAACUAGUAAUAUACCUGGAUGGCAACCAACUCAGCCACUCAGUGUGCCACCUCGCCAAGCACAACUACGAUCUGAGACGCCCACAUCCGAUGACAACCCGUUGACUCCACGGAACGACUCAGGCCCUCUAGCCUUCGAUGGUCGGGCUGGGAUGUCUUAA